UCCAUUUCGCGCAGCCAAUGCUGCAAUGUCUAGGAACUACAACAAAGGGCGUCAGGUGUAAAAUACCGGCUCCACACGGCUACUGCCACUACCACAAGCACCAGAUCAGCCCCGGCAAGCAAUACCCCGAACCUUCUCCCGGAUUUAUCUACAUCUACACCUUGAACAAGUUCUUCAACAAACGCGAAAACAACUGGUUUAAGGUCCGGAACCUUCCCAACACUCCACCCAAACACAAAGACAAAUGGAUUCUGUACGAGCUCCGCAAGUCACCGUACGUGUUUUUGAAAGUGGGAAUGACCACUCAGAGCGUCAAGAAACGUAUCAAACAAUGGGAGGAUAAAUGCCACCAUGAUAUUAUGCUCAUCAAUCCGCACACCGAUAAAGUCGUCUACACAAAUAAACUAUCGCAUUUGUUUAAGAGGUUGGCGGUAAAGGACAAACAGAAGACGUACUCGAGUCUAACGGAUGAAGGAGCUUUCUACUGCUCGGGGAACUUGGCCCAAGCUGAAGGUGAAAUCCACAAACGUCUAUGGCUGAAAUACGGAAAAGGAAGUGUAUCGUGCAAAGGAUGUUCUGACAAUUCUACUAGAACCAACGAGCUCUUUGUCAACGGAUUCAACAUUCACGUGGAAUGGUUUCUCAUUCCCAAGAAGGAAAUAUCGGUGGUGUACGAUACAGUUGACGGAAUAUGCACAACGUAUUCGCAACCAUGACACCAGACAAAUUUAUAUUAAAACAACAUAUACAUUUUACUUUUAAAAGAACUAAGUGUUCAUAUAAGUGGAAGGAUCCACCCCUUCUUCUGGGAACUCGGUCACCUUGACAUCGAAUCUAGAUUGAAUCUUUUCCAAAACUUCUUCGUCUUCAGGCGUGGACACAAAGGAGAUGGCUAAACCCUUGGUACCAAAUCUACCGGCUCUACCAACUCUGUGCAAGUAUUGGUCAGCUUCGUUUGGCAAAUCAUAGUUGAUGGCCAAGUUGAUUCUUUCAAUAUCAAUACCUCUACCAAACACAUCAGUAGACACACAGAUUCUCUUGUUGAAUUCCUUGAAAGAUUUAUAUCUGGCAAUUCUCUCUUCCUGCUUCAAACCAGAGUGCACAGCAAUAGAAGGAAAGUUACAAGCACACAACAACUUAUCCAACUCAUUGGCUCUUUGGGUCGACUUGACAAAGAUAAUCACCUGGUUAAACUCCAAUGAAUCCAACAAGUCACUCAACUUUCUGUUCUUUUCCUUUUCAUCCAAUUUGAGGUAAUAUUGUUGUAAACCAUGCAACGUCAAUUUGGCCUCAUCAUCCACAUAAAUUUCCAAUGGAUUUUGCAUGAACUUCUUACAGAUUGGUCUAAUUUCUUGAGACAAGGUGGCAGAGAACAUCAUCACUUGCUUUUGAUGAGGAGUGGCUCUGAAGAUAUCUUGAACAUCUCUUCUCAUAUCCACCAGAUCUAACACUUUAUCACAUUCAUCGAUAACAAAAGACUUGAUGUUGUUUAAUCUCAAGGCCUUAUCGUUAACCAAAGCAUGUAAUCUACCGGGGGUGGCCACCACAAUAUGAGGGCAGGUUUCCUUGUCCUUCAACUUGGCAACAUCCUUGUUAAUUGGGGUUCCACCGUAGAACACUUCGGUUCUGACAUCUGGCAUAUACUUGGAGAAUCUGGCAUACUCGUUACGGAUUUGGUAGGCCAAUUCUCUUGUGUGACACACAACCAAGGUGGAAACUUCACCAGGAACUGGGUCUAAUUGUUGUAAAGUAGACAACACAAAAACAGCGGUCUUACCCAAACCAGACUUGGCUUGACACAACACGUCAGUACCCAAGAUGGAUUGUGGAAUACAGACUUGCUGGACUUUAGAAGGUGUUCAAACCCACAAUCUCCAAUGGCUCUCAAUAAUUCUGGCUUUAACAAGAAGUCUCUGAAACCAGUAGCGUGAAUACCAACGUAGGAACCCUUUUUAUCGGCUUCCUUUUCGUUACCAUCGGUGGCGGUGGUGGUUGGUUGGGUUACGGCAAUUUCUUCAGAGUCGGAGUAGUCCAAUAAUUCUUCUUGACCUUCAGCUGACAUGAUUGAUUAGAACUUGAUUAGAGGUGUUGUAGUAGUUGAAUA